CAAGAACCCGCAGAGUGUUGUUCUUCAUAAGACGGGAGCAGAACAGCCCUCCGAUUCUACAGCUGCAUCUAAUAAACUCACCUUGUACUUUCACUUUCCUUCUACAGGUGUAAGUAAACCAUAUGGGCCAUGGAUCCGGUCUCUGUACUUCUGUCUAUUGUCAUUUGCAUUUUCAUAUUUAAAGUCUUUUAUGGUGGGAAUAAAGAAUCUCAGAACUUCCCUCCUGGGCCCAAACCAUUGCCGCUCAUUGGAAAUCUGCACAUGAUAAAUAUGAAGAAACCCCAUUUAACUUUUAUGGAGCUGGCUGAGAAAUUCGGCUCAGUAUUCAGCUUUCACUUUGGCACAGAAAAGUUUGUUGUGCUGUGCAACGCUGACACAGUGAAAGACGCUCUUAUCAACUAUGCCGAUGAGUUUUCAGGUCGGCCUGCAAUUCCGGUUUUUGAUAAGACUACUAAGGGACAUGGUAUUUUUUUUGCUAAUGGGGAGAACUGGAAAGUUAUGAGAAGAUUCACUAUUUCUACUCUGCGGGACUUUGGCAUGGGGAAGAAAACUAUGGAAGAUAGAAUAUGUGAAGAAAGUGAAUUUUUAAAGCAAGUUUUUGAGUCCUAUAAAGGGAAGCCCUUUGAUAACACCAUCAUAAUGAACGCCGCUGUAGCCAACAUCAUUGUGCACAUACUGCUCAACCACCGCUUUGAUUAUGAUGACGCAACACUGAAAAAUCUUAUUAGCAUAGUCAGUGAAAAUAUCAGCUUUGCUGCGAAACCAAUUGUUCUGCUCUAUAAUGCAUAUCCGUCUAUUUUGCAAUGGAUUCCGGGAAGUCACAAAAGUGUUACUAAGAACAUGAUAAAAUUAUACAACUUUCUUAGAGAGACAUUUACCAAACACAGGGAUCAACUGGAUGUAAACGACCAGAGGGAUCUCAUUGACGUAUUCCUUGUCAAGCAACAAGAGGAGUCUUCUUCUACAAAGUUCUUUCAUGACCAAAAUCUGACAGUUCUUUUAGCCGAUUUAUUUGGCGCUGGAAUGGAGACAACUUCUACCACUCUUCGCUGGGGUCUCCUCUUCAUGAUGAAAUAUCCAGAAGUUCAAAAAAAAGUCCAAGAUGAAAUUGACAGAGUAAUUGGAUCGGCACAACCUCGCCUUGCACAUCGGAAACAAAUGCCCUAUACAGAGGCUGUUAUUCAUGAGAUCCAGAGAUUAGGAAACCUUGCGCCCAAUGUUGGCCAUGAAACAACUAAGGAUGUCACCUUCAGGGGCUACUUUAUUCCAAAGGGAACCCAAGUGAUAAUACUUCUCACAUCUGUUCUCCAAGACAAAGCUUAUUUCAAAAAGCCAGAAGAAUUUUACCCUGAACAUUUCCUUGACGCAGAAGGAAAAUUUGUGAAAAACGAUGCAUUCCUUCCCUUCUCAGCAGGUCGCAGAAGUUGUGCCGGAGAGACGUUGGCCAAAAUGGAACUCUUCUUGUUCUUCACCAAGUUACUGCAGAACUUCACAUUCCAAUCUCCUCCUGGAGUUGAGGUUGACCUAACCAGUGCAGAUGCACUUACAUCCAAACCUGUGGACCAUAAGAUCUGUGCUUUGCCUCGAAACUAGAAAAAUAUCUACACACAGUACAAUUAAGCUUUAAAGGGGUAGUUUACCUUUAAGUUCACUUUUAGUGUGUUAUAGAAUAACUAAUUAUAAGCAACUUUUCAAUUGGACUUUUUUUUUCUUUUUUUUAUAGUUUUUGAAUUAUUUGCCUUUUUCUUCUGACUCUUUACAACUUUCAAAUGGGGGUCACUGACCCCAUCUAAAAACAAAAGCUCUGUAAUGAUACAAAUUUAUUGUUAUUGCUACUUUUUUAUUACUCCUCUUUCUAUUCAGGCCUCUCCUAUUCACAAACCGGUCUCUUUUCAAAUGAAAAGAAACAUGGUUGCUAGGGUAAUUUGGACCCUAGCAAUGAAAUUGCUGAAAUUGCAAACUGGAGAACUGCUGAAUAAAAAGCAAAAUAACUCAAAAAACACAAAUAAUAAAAAAUGAAAACCAAAUGCUAAUUGUCUCAGAUUAUCACUCUCUACAUCAUACUAAACGUUAAUUUAAAGGUGAACAACCCAUUUAAAUUAAAAAAAAAAAAAAACAUAAAAAGCUGCUGUUAUCAAAACAGAACAUGUUCAACAGCAAAAUUCACUAGUGUUGAAUGAGAAUUGUUUCUUUUCAUUUGUUUUUAAAACACUUGUGUUGUAUAUUUCAACUGUUUUAUAUUUUUUUUAUGUUAUAAUUGUAUUUCUUAAUGUUAAUCACUUCCUAUAAACAUGACGUUUACACAA